AUGCGGACUGGCGGCGGCAGCACGUCGUCUUCCUCUUCCUCGUCGUCAUCCAUGGAUGGCGGUCGCACUAGGAGCUCCGUGGUCGAAGCUGCCCCACCCGCGACGCAAGCGUCCGCGGCGGCCAACGGGCCCGCGGUGCCGGUGGUGGUGAUGGACACGCAGGAGGCUGGGAUCCGGCUCGUGCACGCGCUGCUGGCGUGCGCGGAGGCCGUGCAGCAGGAGAACUUCUCUGCGGCGGACGCGCUGGUGAAGCAGAUCCCCAUGCUGGCCUCGUCGCAGGGCGGUGCCAUGCGCAAGGUGGCCGCCUACUUCGGCGAGGCGCUUGCUCGCCGCGUGUAUCGCUUCCGCCCGACGCCGGACAGCUCCCUCCUCGACGCCGCCGUCGCCGACUUCCUACACGCGCACUUCUACGAGUCCUGCCCCUACCUCAAGUUCGCCCACUUCACCGCGAACCAGGCCAUCCUCGAGGCUUUCGCCGGCUGCCGCCGCGUCCACGUCGUCGACUUCGGCAUCAAGCAUGGGUUGCAGUGGCCGGCUCUUCUCCAGGCCCUCGCCCUCCGCCCUGGCGGGCCCCCAUCGUUCCGACUCACCGGCGUCGGCCCACCGCAGCACGACGAGACCGACGCCUUGCAGCAGGUGGGUUGGAAACUUGCCCAGUUCGCGCACACCAUCCGCGUCGACUUCCAGUACCGUGGCCUCGUCGCCGCCACGCUCGCUGACCUGGAGCCGUUCAUGCUGCAACCGGAGGGCGACGACAAGGAUGAGGAGCCCGAGGUGAUCGCCGUCAACUCAGUGUUCGAGCUGCAUCGGCUGCUCGCGCAGCCCGGCGCCCUGGAGAAGGUCCUGGGCACGGUGCGCGCGGUGCGGCCGAGGAUCGUGACCGUGGUCGAGCAGGAGGCCAACCACAACUCCGGCACAUUCCUUGACCGCUUCACGGAGUCGCUGCACUACUAUUCCACCAUGUUCGAUUCUCUCGAGGGCGCCGGCUCCGGCCAAUCCACCGAUGCCUCUCCGGCCGCGGCCGGCGGCACGGACCAGGUCAUGUCCGAGGUGUACCUGGGCCGGCAGAUCUGCAACGUCGUGGCAUGUGAGGGCGCGGAGCGCACGGAGCGCCACGAGACGCUGGGUCAGUGGCGCAGCCGCCUCGGCGGCUCCGGGUUCGAGCCCGUGCACCUGGGCUCCAAUGCCUACAGGCAGGCGAGCACGCUGCUGGCACUCUUCAACGGCGGCGACGGGUACAAGGUGGAGGAGAAGGAUGGGUGCCUGACCCUGGGGUGGCAUACGCGCCCGCUCAUCGCCACCUCGGCGUGGCACCUCGCCGCUCCAUGA